GCACCAGGAUGGGAAAGAAGCGGUCAAGCAACGCAACUCGCGACCACAGCAUUGAAUCCUUCGAUACAACUACGGACGGACAAGAAGAAGCGGAUGUGGACAGUGAACUCCAUAUGGGUUCUGUCUUGCUCGACAUCAUCAAAUCCGUUGAUGUCGAUCGUCUCCGCGCGGCCGCCGGAGAAGGAACGUCGCUUCAGUGCUUACUUGUCGUGAUGAAUUGGAUGCACAAGUGGCAGCAAGAAUACGAGUGCAUCAUGUCGUCGCUGACCCAGUACAGAGAAGCUCUGUGCACCUACCGGGACGACAACGAGGCCGAAGAGGACACCUCGAACGAAAUCAAGGAGAUUGAAACCGAGGGGGUGCAAGUGCUCGACGGGUUUGAAGCGAUCUCGCUCGCUCUGCUCCGCACCGACAGUGCCAUCCCGAUUGACGUCGUCGAUGACAUGGGCUGGACACUGCUCAUGCAGGCCGCCAACUGCGGCCGUGCUUCGUUAGUAAAGAUCCUCGUCAACGACUUGGACGCCAGCAUCGACAAACGAGAGCACAACCAUUCGCUCGGCAUGACCGCCUUGGCCCGCGCGAUCGAUGCUGGGCAUAGAGAAUUACUUGACGACCUCUGCGAUCAGUCGACGAUCAACGCCGUGUUUCAGUACAAGAACCACGACGAAGAAGUGGCCGACGAAGAGGUCCACACACCGCUGACGCUUGCUUGCCGCAACGGCCACGAAGAAAUCGUUGUAUUUCUCCUGGACCAGCACGACCUCCAAGUCAACUUCAAGCUUCCGGGCUCGGAAGACUCGGCUCUUCACAUUGCGGUGUGCUUCGACAUGGAACGGAUCGUGCGCCAAUUGCUCAAACACCCCCCCACAGAUAUCAACGCCGUCAACGCGCAGGGAUACACGGCUGCAUUUGGAUGCUCGAAUGCAGACCUUGUGAAGACGUUGCUUGAGCAUGGCCUGGACGCCACCAUUGAAGGCUUUCAAGGUGAAACGCUGCUCGACAUGGCACUGGCCCUGGGAGAUGAAGAUGUUGCCGCGGUCGUGUGUAAUCGGUUAGAGGACGAGGCGAACGCGUCCGAAGUCGACAUCUCUGCUGCUGGAAUUCUACACCGUGAAUAACCAGGGGUAUCUGUUGCAAGGACACCAAGGGGUCGAGUGGAGGUGCACGUUGCAGCCUACGCACGCAUGGCACUGCGGCAUGCGCUAUUGGAAAUGCAAGAACUGCACGACAGGGUGUCCCGGCUGAGCACUUAAUCGCACUAGACAAGGACAACAGGGGUGCGGCGUAGCCAUGGCAAGCGAUCGAUCUCGACGAGAUUUCGCAAUUCCACGACAUGGAUUCGUCACAUUUCGCGAAUAUUUAUGGCUGAC